AUAAUAAUAUGGAUAAAGUUAAAAUGUUAUCACAGCUGACCUUCCUCCAGUGUAUAUAAAAGCACAUUGCUAAUUGGAGCCGUUUAUAGAACUCCACGUCCGAAGUGUGCUGUGGCACUUGCUGCUGCUAUCGAUUACAAAUUUCUAGAGAAUUCAGUUUGCAAAGUGUCUCAAAACUACAGUCCCAGUUUUUGUUUUUCCUUUUUAAUUUUUUUCUUUGUGUUAGUGUUUAUUAAUUUUAUAUAAAUGCAGUACUUAAGAGCUCAAAAUAUGACCGUGGUUAAGAAAUUCCGUGUGAACCCCAUCUACUAUUCCGACUACUCUGAUACCUUCUAGAGUUCCAUUGUAUUUAGUACCUAUUUGUACUAAAAUACAAUCCGCCGAAUAUUUUCGUGAAAUAUAAUUUAGGAGAGAAAAAUAAUUUCAAGACUUACCUAUUGGAGACUGAGCUAUUUUUUGUACUUAAAUAUGGAUAUCGUUACAAGUUAUCCUGUACUCAAAGCCUUUUUAGCUGGGUCCUUCUCUGGGACUUUUUCCACCGUCCUGUUCCAGCCCUUGGACUUAGUAAAGACACGGUUACAAAAUCCCACAACUACCGUUAUCAAUGGUCGUCAUGGCGCGCUUAGCAUGGUGGCUAUUUUCACAAAUAUUCUACAACAAGAGCAUGUCCGUGGACUAUGGCGAGGAAUGAUGCCAUCGUUAACCCGCUGCGUACCAGGAGUGGGUCUUUAUUUUUGUUCUGUGGACUACAUCAAGACUCAUAACUUCCCUGACAAGACACCCAGCCCACUAGAAUCAGUAGCUAUCGGUAUGAUAGCGCGCUGUAUGAGUGGCGCCGCCUUGAUACCCAUUACUGUUGUUAAGACCAGAGUGGAGAGUGGGGUUUAUGGAUAUCAAGGCAUCGGUGAUGCUUUGAAGGAGAUAUACCGCACUGAAGGAAUUAGGGGAAUGACAUGCGGUCUAGUACCCACAUUAUUCAGGGAUGCACCUUUCUCCGGCUUGUAUCUCAUGUUCUACACACAAGCCAAACUGAUGAUCCCAGAAGAAAUGUGGAACACCCCGUAUGCAUCUCCAAUUCACUUCACGUGUGGCGUGUCUGCGGGCAUACUCGCCUCCGUUGUCACUCAACCGGCCGACGUCCUGAAGACAAAAAUGCAACUCUACCCGACUAAAUUUAACGGGUUGUGGUCCGUGGUGGUGUACGUCCACGGCAAAUAUGGAAUGCAGGGUUAUUUCAAGGGAAUGGUGCCCAGAAUGCUGAGACGUACGUUGAUGGCCGCAAUGGCCUGGACCGUAUACGAACAGAUGUCGACGGCCUUAGGAUUAAAGUAGUACAGUAUAUAAUAGUGUAUAGGUUAGGUGUGACACCCUAGCUUAUAGGUAUCUGCUUUAUGAAAUUGCCUACUAAUAGUACUUAGGAGGAUGAAGAUGAAUCGUUGAACGAGGUAACUUGUUUUACAGGAAAAUGAUGAGAUGUCGCUCGUAAAUAUAUAUGCCGAUGUUACAGUUAACCCACUUGGUUUCUAAAACAAUUUUCAAAAAUUUAUUUAUUUUCUAUUAAUUGCUACAGUUAUAAAAAAAAAUCGUGUUCAAAUUACCAUGCUGUCUGUAACUGACGGUUCCUUCUAUAAAUUUACAAAUGUAAGUUGCAGUUGGUAGCCUUGUUUUAUUUACUUGAGUUCUUAGCUAUUCUUAAUGCUGAUUGGGCAAUUAAGUGACAUCUUACGUAAAUAAAACAGCUACUGUCAACUGUCAAGUAUUCUAACCUAACUUAAUUGACAUUUGACAUUUGUAAAUUUUUAAUAGUAACUGGAAGUUCGAACCCUUACAAUUAAAUGUUUGGACGGCACAUUAUUUAAUGUAAAUUUGAUGCAAUUUUUAAAGAAAGUUUUCCAAUUCGCUUUAACUAUGUAAAUAAUGAUUGUUAAAAAACAACGGUUGAACCAGUGCUAACUAAGGAUCUACAAACUUUUGGAGUGAAAAUUUCUUUUGCUUCUUCUGGAGUUCCGUUGGCAGUAGUUUUCCUCUUGUUAGCAUAAACACAAAGUUGCGAUUUAAUUUUGAAUCCGAUUAACUUUUGUCUCUUAUCAUACUUAUCUUGUAAAAACUGUAAUCAGAGUGAUGUAUAUGCUGACGACAUAUGCUAACAACUGUUUCUUAGUUUUACACCGCGGCAAUUUCUCUCACAGUAGCCCUUUUUUUGGCACUUUGUGCCCUUUUUGUCUCUUGGAGGAUGACCAGAACUCUUUCUGUGAACGCUACAUUCUGAGUUUGUUCUGUGUGUUUUAAUUAUAUCUCCCUCCAAUUCUACUUGCAAUUUUUUAUCGAUUUCCCUUGCUCAUAUUGUUGAAUUAUUAUUUCACUCUCUAUUUUGGAGGUUGCUAAGCCGCGUCAUAGUUUUGCACAAUAUUGUCGAAGGGUGUACAGACCAGAACAAAUUUAAUUGUUUGUAAAGUUGUCAUGAAACGUUUCUCCCAAGGCACUAAUGUAGAAUAUGUUUAUUCUAGGACUGUGUGGCAUUAUUAACUGUUGUUGCCAAAGUUAUUGCCCGUCUAAACGUUUAAUUGUUAGGGCUCAAACUAAAAAGGAAUUAAUCACUGUGCUUUAUGUAGAUUUCAAUUAAUGUACUAUAAGCAUUUUAGGGGUGUAGAAAAAAUUUAUAUUUUUCGGCAGUGACUAUUGAUUUAUUUUUUAUCAUGUAUAUAUAUUCUUUAUUUUUAAGGUAAAAAAUAUUUGCAUAUUGUACUUUUUAAAAUGUAUUCUAUUCUUAUGUACCCAACCCAAUACAUAUUUUUAAUUAAUAACUAACCUACUAUAUUGUAUAAUAUACUGUACUACUUUCCUUUGCAUGAUGUAUAUUUUGUAUAUUGUUUAAAAUUAGGCUUUAGUAUGGGAUAAAUGUAAAACGAUAUUCAGUUUUGUAUCAGAAACUGCAGUAUUGUUUGUAUUCAAUUUAUUUAUAUUAUUUUAAGGUGAAAUAAAUGACUUUUGUUGAU